AUAAAACACACUUUGACGCCAGACUGACCAAGUGUGUCUGUACUAGGACCUCAUGUGACACCGAAGUUUAUAUGAAUUUAAGACGGGAGAGAAGCCUGGCUUCUGGUAAGAUGGGUUUUCCCUGCCAUCGGCCGGACCAGGUCCCUGUGCUUCUGUGGCUGCUGCUGCUGAUCCUGGCUCCCGGACGAGAGCAAUCAGGAACACUUCCAAAAGCUUUUCUUCUCCUCAAACCUCCAUGGUCCAGAACCUUCAAAGGAGAGAAAGUGACUCUCACCUGCAAGGAUGACCAUUCUUGGGCCCAGAGAUACGUAUCUUGGUAUUGUGAUGGGAUUCCCUUGGAAAGUAGACGUGGAACAAUCCAAAUAGACAAGUCUGGAUAUUACACAUGCAAGACCCCAAGAUCUUCCUUCAGUGACCCUGUGCGUGUGGAAUUUUUAUCUGACUGGCUGAUCCUCCAGGCUUCACACCCUGUCUUUGAAGGAGAUGAUGUGACUCUGAGAUGCCUGGGGAAGAAAGAAGAAGAUAUUUAUGAAAAGACUUACUACAAAAAUAAAGAAGAAAUGAGACAGUGGUCACAAUAUCAUUCAGAGGUCAGAAUACAUUCAGUCUCCAGGGACAAUAGUGAAUAUUAUUGUACUGCUUCCGGGGAAACUUUAUGGAGCCCAUGGAUAGAAACUUCAAAACCUUUAAAGAUCCAAGUUCAAGAGCUGUUUCCACAACCUGUGCUGAGAGUCAGACCUUCCCAGCCCAUCGAGGGGAACCCAGUGAACCUGAAGUGUGAUACCUGGCUCCCUCCACCAAGGUCAUACAUUUGGCUUCAGUUCUGUUUCUUCAGAGAAGAUAAGGCCCUGGAACCUGGUUGGAGCAGCUCCUCAGAGCUCCAGAUCCCCACCAUGUGGAGUGAAGACUUAGGGUCCUACUGGUGCCAGGCAAAGACAGUGACUCCCAAUAUCAUUAAAGAAAGCCUGCGAUCCCAGAUACAUGUACAGAGGAUCCCUGUGUCUGAUGUGAAUCUAGAGAUCCAGCCCCCUGAGGGCCAGCUGAUUGAAGGAGGAGAUAUGGUCCUUAUCUGCUCAGUAGCCAAGGGUACAGGGACUAUCGCAUUUUCCUGGCACCGGGAGGGCACGGAGAGAAGUUUGGGCAGGAAGAUGAUACGUGCCAUGUCAGCAGAGUUGCGGAUAGUCGCAGUGAGGGAGCAGGACGCUGGGAGGUACUACUGCUCAGCCGACAAUAUCCAAGGCCCCAUCCUCAGUAAACGGAUCAGAGUCACACCAAGAAUUCCAGCAUCCCACCCCAUCCUCACUGUCAAGACACCCAGAGCCCUGGCCGUGGUGGGGGACAUGGUGGAGCUUCGCUGUGAGGCCCAGAGGGGCUCUCCCCCGAUCCUGUACCGGUAUUACCAUGAGGAUGUCAUCCUGGGGACCAACUUGGCCCCCUCUGGAGGAGGAGCCUCCUUCAGCCUCUGUCUGACAGCAGAACGUUCUGGAAACUAUGCCUGUGAAGCUGACAACAACCUGGGGGCCCAGCGCAGCAAGGCGGUGAUGCUCAGCGUCACAGUUCCAGUGUCUCGCCCUGUCCUCACCCUCAACCCUGCCGGGCCCCAGGCUGUGGUGGGAGAUUUAUUAGAACUUCACUGUGAGGUUCAGAGAGGCUCUCCCCCAAUCUUAUACUGGUUUUAUCAUGAAGAUAUCGUCCUGGGGAACACGUCGGCCCCCUCUGGAGGAGGAGCAUCUUUUAACUUCUCUCUGACCACAGAACAUUCUGGAAACUACUCCUGUGGGGCUGACAAUGGCCUGGGGGUCCAGAGAAGUUACAUGGUGACACUCAACUUCACAGGUCAAAAACACUUGCCACCAGAACUCAAAUACAGGUCUUCCCAUUUAGGGCUUUCCACAAGCAAAGUAAUCCAUAUCACUGUGGGCGUCAUUGGGUGCCUGCUAAGUGUGCCUGGCCUUGCUGCUACUGCUUAUUUGGUGAGUUACUUCAGGACCCAAAGGAAAUCAGGAGGACCUCCUGCCACUGGAACACCCAGUUACAGUCCCAAGGAGCAUCAGGAGCCUUCCUGGUCUGGACCCUGCUGCACAGACCCCCACAAGCCCCCCCACUCUGAGCCACCAGCCAGGAUGGAGCUGCAGCCAGUAUACAGCAAUGUGAAUCCUGGAGAUGACAACCUGGUGUAUUCCCAGAUCUGGAGCAGCCAGCAAAUAAGCGGAAAUCCAGCACAUUCACCAAGGACACAUCUGAAGGAUGAGGAACCUGCAGUCAUCUAUUCGGAGCUGAAGAAGGCACAACCAGAAGACACUGCAGGGCAGGCCCAUGAAGAUCCUGCAGAAAACUAUGAGAAUCUCCCAUGUGCACCAUCAGCUCUGGACUGCUAGCCCCCUACCCAGAGGGGCCCUCGAAGACCCUGGGAGCACCUAAUGCCUUCCCCCAUUCUCCACAAGCAUGCUUCUCCUUCCAUCCAGCAGGCUGGGUGAAGGUCUGCCCUCACCCCACCCCGCGCCUGAGUCGGCAUGUUCUCUGGGAACAGAAUGGGCAGCAUUUCAGUAAACACCGCAUUUCUACACAGUAGAGACACAUGAAAGCAGGGCAGGUGGGCCUUCCCCUCCCACACUUGUGGAAUGAGGAGGAAGGGCGAGUGGUCUAGCCAGGAUCACAAGAGUGCUGUCAUGACCACGUGCUCCGAGU